AUGGCUCCCGUAAAAAAGCCGGUCAACUGGAAGCUCUGGGGCAAGAUGUCUCUCGGCGGCGCCGCCAUGAUUAUCGGUGGCCCCAUGCUGACAAUGUACGUCAUGCCGACGGACGAAGAGCUGUUCAAAAAGUACAACCCAGAACUGCAGAAACGCAGUCUGGAGCGCCGGGAAGAGCGCCAGCAGGAGAUCAACGACUGGGUGGCCAACCUCAAGCGCCAGUCCCGGAGCAAGAAGCCGAUCUGGGUCGUCCAGGAAGAGGAGUCCCGUGCGGCCAAGGAGGCCAUGCUGCGUGACACUGCCCGUCUUGCCCAGGAAGCCAAGGCCCAGCGCGAGGCCAUGCGCAAGGAAGCCGGCCUGGCACCCGAGUCCGAUCCAGGCCCGGGCUCCACGAGAUGA